GGACACUUGGUGUUUGAGGUGGUCCUGAGUGUAGUCAUAGCCUAUUUGCUCUUCCAGCGAUCCUACAAGCCCUCUGCAAAGCAGGAGAAGCCGCUCACAGAGAAGGAAAUGGAUGAGCUCUGUGCUGAGUGGCAGCCAGAACCGCUGUGUGGGCUGCUCACAGAAGCCCAGAGGAGUUAUGAGCCUCCAGUUAUUUCCAGUUCUGCGGGAGUGUAUGUUGUGGCCAAUGGCAAGAAGGCGCUGAACAUGGUCUCCUUCAACUUCCUGGGGGUGGCAGGCGAUGCCAAGAUCAAGGAGGAUGCGCGCAACACAAUCAAUAAAUACGGGGUGGGCUCCUGCGGGCCGAGGGGCUUCUACGGGACCAUCGAUGUCCAUCUGGACUUGGAGGAGCGGCUGGCGAGGUUCAUGGGGACGCAGGAGUCCAUAAUCUAUGCCUAUGACCUGGCCACCAUCCCCAGCGUGCUGCCUGCCUUUGCAAACACGAAGGACCUCAUUGUCUGUGACGAGGGCGUGAGCUACCCCAUCCAGAACGGGUGCCACCUGUCGCGCGCGUCCAUCCGCCGGUUUGCCCACAACGACAUGGCUGACCUGGAGCGCGUGCUCAAAGAGAUUGACGCAGAGAAGCCUCUGAACAGGCGGUUCAUAGUGGUGGAGGGCAUCUACCUGCACUCUGGGGACCUGGCGCCCCUGGCAGACAUCUACCGCCUCAAGGAAAAAUACAAGUACAGGUUAGUCGUGGAUGAGUCGCUGGCGCUGGGUGUGCUGGGGGAGCAUGGCCGGGGGGCCUGCGAGCACUGGGGGCUCAGGCCGGGCGACGCAGAGAUCGUGUCCGCCUCCAUCGGCAACGCGCUGGCAUCGGUGGGGGGAUUCUGCGCGGGGGAUCGUGAGAUUGUGGACCACCAGCGGCUGUCGGGGCUGGGCUACUGCUUCUCGGCAUCGCUACCGCCCUUCCUGGCCACCGCCGCCAUCGGCGCUCUGGACACUCUCGAGACGGCCGCACCACGCCUGCUGCCGGCUCUGGCCGCCAACGCGCGGCUGCUGCGCUCGCGCCUCGCCGACACUCCAGGCGUGGACGUGGUAGGAAUGCCUCGUGACGCCCCGUCGCCGGUGACGCAUGUUCGGCUGACGCAGCAGCCGGAGGCGCCAGAUCAGGCGGAGGCGCUGCUGCAGAGAGUGGUGGACUCGGCGCUGAAGCGCGGGGGCGUUCUCUUCACCGUACAUCGCGUAUCUCCCCUGGACCGCAUCCGCGCGGCUCCCUCUAUACGGGUGGUUGUGACGGCGGUGCACACAGAGAAGGAUGUGCUCAAAGCAGUUACAGCGUUGGCGACGGCUGUGAAAGAGGUGUGCAAAGUGUCACGCGUCGCCACUCGCAGCUCAUACAUGACCAACACAGCUGCCUCAUGA